AUGGCGGAGACGGGGCAGGAAGCCGUUAUUAAGUCGAGGCCACGAACUGCUGGGCUGGUCAGCGGGAGAAACGGACAUGCGAAUGGACUGGACUGCGACCGGACGAUCAGUGAGGACCGGGGAGCUAUCGCUAGCAUUACGGCACCCACUUGUAGCCCUGCACUAUCAGAGGACCACGGAAGUGGAGGAUGCAGAUGGCGCGGGGACGAGGAAGAGGGCACAAACAGCCACCUGGGAGACGAGGAAAAGGACAAGGCGGAGUAG